CCACCGAGUAUUCCUGCCGGCCACGCCCACCCAAGCGCUUCUCUUUUUCGCCCUUCUGCCUGCCUGCCUCCUCCCUCCCAGAUCGAUCUGCUUCGCCGUCGAAUCCGAUCACGAUCUCCGGCUGGUCUUCUGAUACAAGCGUUCUCUUCGAUUCUAUCUGCGCUCUCCUCGCUAUUCCAUCGAUCUCCAUCAAUAUAAGUCUUUCGAUUUUGCGCGUGGCGGCGGCGGUAUAGAGAUGGGGGUCGCCUCGGGAGCCAAUUCUUGCGCUAAAGAAAUGGCCAUUCGAAGGAAGAUAGCCAACAUAUAUAAUAAGCGGGAAGAGGACUUCCCAUCUCUGAGGAAGUACAAUGACUACUUGGAGGAAGUUGAGGACAUGACUUUUAACUUAAUUGAUGGAAUCGAUGUGGCUGCUAUUGAAGCGAAAAUUGCUAAAUACCAAGAAGAAAAUGCUGAACAAAUUGUCAAUUCCCGAGCACGUAAGGCUGAAGAAUUUGCUGCAGCAUUAAGGGCAAGUCAAUAUGUUGCCCAAGCUGAUCCAGUUGAUGUGGGAGCUGGACCAAGUACUCAAGCAGUUAGCCUUGCCAAUCAAGGGCAAUAUGCGCCUGCUGCUGUUCCGGGUGGGCUUAUGCAACCGCGUCCUACUGGCAUGGCACCACAGCCAAUCCCCAUCGGAGCUCCAUCAGGUCCUAUGCAAGGGAAUGCAACUGAGGAUGAGAAUAUGAAGCUACAAGCUGAGAGGGCAGCCAGAGCUGGUGGAUGGACAAUUGAGCUGAGCAAGAGGAGGGCGAUAGAGGAAGCAUACAGUAGUUUAUGGAUCUAGGCAGCAUUCAUCAGUUCAGAGAUGUGAAAUCGUUAGUCGGGUUGAAGGUCAAUCAUCAUCAAUCUCCAUAUGAAAUACAAAUUUUAUAUAGGAAUCCCUUUCAACUGUUAGAUUGGUUGAAGAUCUCAGCCAUUGACGGCUGCUUCAUCAUCGACAGUCGACCAUAAGAUUUGUGAUCUACGAAUACAUGGUUAACAAUCCCGCAACCUUCAUAUCUUCACUAUGUUAGAUGCUUGUGUUCUGCCUCUUUUUUCUCUUCUCGGCACUCAGAUCAGAUACAAAUUGUGAAUUUGUUUUGUAUUCGAAGUAAAUUUGUUUUAUCCUAA